AUGUCUUCCUUUUUGCCGCUCUACCUGUCGUGGCAAGGGGAAGUGGCGGACGACAAGGGCUGCUUCUUCCUGGGGACCACAGGACGUCCCGUGGCCAAUCCCAGGUCCGAUUUGUGCCGUCUCUGGAGGCGCUGUCGGAAGAUCUGCGAGGCAGCGGGCCCGAAUCCGCCGCCCCUUACGGCAGAGGCCGCUGGGACGUCUUCCCGGGACGCGAGUUCUGUGUCGGGGAAGGGGUCGCGUGACGACCAAUGGGACGCUUUCGUCAGUCAAUUCCCCGUGACGAUGGGUGCCCUCGCGCCCUCCAAAGAGGACCUUGUCGGUGCCGGGUUUGGCGAUAAACGGACGGCCUACUUCAAAUGGAGGCGCAUCCAGUUGGAACAGCGUGUGCUACACGUCGCCGAUUCCGCUGGCAGGCAGCGACCGACGGAGGCCAAGGUGGCAGCCGUUUUAGCCAAGGAGAAAUGGAAAACCAAUGUCCCCUCCCUCCCGGAUGUGCUCAAGGCGUGGGUCUCCCCUUUAAAGGCAGCCAUUGAGGACGACGAAGGCGUCCUCAAGUCAGUGGCGGAGCAACGGUGGAAGGGGAUAGAUUUCAAGGAAUAUGGAGAACACAAGGGCAGAGGCGUCAUUGCCACCAUGCCGUUCCCCAAGGGGCACGUGAUAUGCGACUAUCACGGAAAGCUCAUCUCUGAAUCCGAGGGGAAGAGGCUGAUGGAUGCAAUGCAGGAGGGAGUGAUGAGCUACCUCUUUUUCAUCAGGGGCAGGCUAGGCACCAAGCUGUGCGUCGACUCCCAGAACUUCCCCUGCGAGUGCCACCCUGGAAAGGACACCUUUGGGAGGCGCAUGAACCACCCGGGCAAGGCGGCCAACGUGAAGCCUGUGGUGUUCCAGUUGAACUUUCCGGACGGAGCCAAAGACACUGUCCUGUUCUUGGCCAAGAGAGACAUAGACGUCAACGAAGAGCUCCGUUGGGACUAUGGUGUGAGACGGAGGUCUUUCGGAGAGGAGGGCAUGGACCUGCCAUGGCUGGAUGACUGA